CACUAGUAUUGUGCUAGUUAAACUUCAAGCUCCUUCACAUAACUCCACUACUCAUCUCCUCCUCAGCCAGUAGCACCCAACCAUUGAUCUUCAACCGCAUCUCUCACAAACUAAGAACCAUGGUGGUAGCUGAAACCAAUAAACCACACGUUGCAGUCCUCUCAAGUCCAGGCAUGGGCCACAUCAUCCCUCUCCUCGAGCUCGCCAAGUGUCUCGUCAUCGACCAUGGCAUCCAUGUGAGCUUCCUCAACAUCACUACCGAAGCUUCCACAGCCCAAAUCCAACUCCUCCACUCACCAACACUCCCUCUUGGCCUUGAUGUUAUAGACAUCCCAGCUGUUGAUAUUUCAGCUUUGGUCAGCGACGACACUCCCAUCGUCGCCAGGUUAUCUGUCAACGUCGAGGAAAGCCUGAAGCCUCUAAAGUCUAUCCUCAUCGAGCUAGGCAAGCCACAGGCUCUACUCAUUGAUCUUUUCUGUACCCAAGCUUUCGAUGUCUGCAAAGAGCUUUCUAUCCCCUCCUACACUUUCUUCACUCCUUCCACUUCUUUCCUUGCUUUCUGUUUGUAUCUUCCAACACUGGACCGUGAGGUCGAGUGCGAGUUUAUUGACCUUCCUGAACCAGUUCAGGUCCCAGGUUGCUCCCCGGUUCGAACCGAGGACUUGCUAGACCAGGUUCGGAACCGAAAGAUUGACGAGUACAAGUGGUUCUUGUUCCAUAUCAGCCGUUUGCCUAUGUCAGAUGGGAUUUUGUUAAACUCGUGGGAGGAUUUUGAACCCACAUCGCAUGAAGCUAUAAGAAAGCACUUAUUUUAUAAGCAAAUUCCUACACCACCUGUUUUCCCAGCUGGUCCGCUUAUAAAACACGACAAUCCUGAACUAGACGAUGAGUGUUUAGCUUGGCUAGACAAACAACCAUUAAAUUCUGUUCUUUUUGUGGCACUUGGAAGUGGAGGGACUCUCUCAGCUGCACAACUCACAGAGUUGGCUUGGGGUUUGGAACUGAGUCAACAAAGGUUUCUAUUAGUGGCUCGUAAGCCAACUGAUGCGAGUGCUUCAGCUACAUUUUUCAAUGUGGGUGAAGAUAUUAACGUUAAUGAUCCAAAGGCUUAUUUGCCUGAUGGAUUUUUAAAGAGGACAAAGGAGGUGGGUUUGGUGGUUCCGACUUGGGCACCACAAGUUUCAGUGCUUCAACACCCGUCAACUGGUGCCUUUUUGUCUCACUGUGGUUGGAACUCGACGCUGGAGAGCAUGACUCACGGUGUCCCUAUGAUUGCGUGGCCUCUUUAUGCAGAGCAGAGAAUGAAUGCAACGAUGUUGGUUGAAGAGGUUGGUGUGGCUGUUAAGCCAGUGGGAAUACCAGGAAAAGGAGUGGUUGAUAGAGAGGAGAUUGAGAGGCUGGUGAGGUUGGUGUUAGAGGGUGAAGAAGGGAACGUGAUGAGGCGUCAGGCAAGAGAGCUGAAAGUGAGUGCAGUGAAAGCGUUGGAAUUUGGUGGCUCUUCUCAUCAGUCACUUUCCAGUGUCAUCAAAGAAUGGAAGAUUGAGAAUGAAAUCUCAGUCUAAUUAAAAUUAAGUUUGCAGUAAAAGUAGAGGGAAAAAAAAAAAAAUGGGUCUAAGUAGUAGGGUCAAGUGUGUUGUAGUGUUGUUCUAGUUUGAGAGUAUCUCCGCUCUUGUUUGUUGGUCGGUGUCUGUAUUAGCUUCGGACAGCCUGCAGAGUUGUCUGCUAAAUAAAAGAUCAUGUAGCAUGUGCGGGCUUUCUGCUUUGUUCAGACUUCAGAGUUCUCGUGGAAUCGGAAUAAGACUGUUGAGAGACUCCGGUGGUUGAAAGAAGUCUGAUUCAGAAUCAUUAUGUUAUGCCCUUUUAGGUGGACAGGCAAAAAAUGACCAAAUAAUAAGCUUAAUUGUUGUUGA